AAAGCCCCUCCCGGCCGUAGGCCCCGCCCUCCCCGUCGGCCGGGCCAUGGUGGCGCUGAAGGGAGUCCCCGCGCUGCUGUCCCCCGAGCUGCUCUACGCGCUGGCGCGGAUGGGGCACGGGGACGAGAUCGUUCUCGCGGAUUUGAACUUCCCGGCCUCCUCCGUCUGCCAGUGUGGGCCCAUGGAGAUCCGUGCAGACGGCCUGGGCAUCCCGCAGCUUCUGGAGGCCGUGCUGAAGCUGCUGCCCCUGGACACCUAUGUGGAGAGUCCGGCUGCAGUCAUGGAGCUGGUGCCCAGCGACAAGGAGAGAGGCCUGCAGACCCCGGUGUGGACAGAAUACGAGUCCAUCCUACUCAGGGCUGGCUGCUCGAGAGCCCUGGCAAAGAUAGAGAGGUUUGAGUUUUAUGAGCGAGCUAAAAAGGCUUUUGCUGUUGUGGCAACGGGGGAGACGGCCCUCUAUGGAAACCUCAUCCUCAAGAAGGGGGUGCUUGCUCUUAGCCCCCUGCUCGAGGCCUGGUGAAGACCACUGGGCCAGAAGAGGAACCAGGGGCACCUGAGCUCCAGGACCGCCACUCACAGCAGGCUUGCCAGCGGCAGCUCCUAGACCUGGGCCCAGGCCAGGGCCCUAGGGGCAGUCUUGGGGUGUGCCCUGCCAACUGGGAUGAGGGUCCCCCAAUUUAUAAAAAUGAUGGAAAAAUGUAGUCACAGAUGAUGUUCAGAUUAAAGGUUUCAAUUC